UCUGAGCAUGGAAUCCCAGUGUACGCCCUGCCCUGCUGGACACUACUGCAGCGCUGCCUCUCUUACUGCCCCUUCCGGACUCUGCCUGGCGGGGUAUUACUGCACCAUCGGCAUCGCCAGACCUGCCCCCGCUGGAGAGGCAUUUACCGGGGACGGAGGGGGCUGCCCACAGGGGCAUUACUGCCCAGCCGGAAGUCCAUAUCCAUACGCCUGCCCCUCAGGAACCUAUAAUAACCUCACUCACCGACAAGACUGCUUACCGUGCCCGGCCGGACAUUACUGCGCAGAGAAUACCAGUGAUUAUAACGCUUUUCCCUGUCCAGCUGGAUUCUACUGCCCUGAAGGGACAAAACAUUCCGCUCAGUUUCCGUGUCCACGUGGCUACUACAACCCUGACCCCAGGACGCACAGUCUGGACAGCUGCUUGCCCUGUACCCCCGGGCACUACUGUGGAGUGGAAGGUCUAAACACCGUGUCGGGAGAGUGUGACCCUGGUUGGUUCUGCGUUUCCGCAGCUUGGACUCCGCAGCCAUUUGAUCUGGAUAAUUACACCAGCGCUAACUGCCUGUGCCCUGCCACUGCCACUGGCGGGAAGUGUCUGCCUGGAUUUUAUUGCCCUGAGGGCUCCACCGAACCGAUUUCCUGCCCCUCUGGGUCAUACUGUGGUGAUGCAGGACUUCCAGCUCCGUCUGGUGAAUGUGCUGCUGGAUUUUUCUGUUCCGGUGGAGCCGAGACUCCCAAACCCACCGAUACAGUGCACGGGGACAUCUGCCCUCCCGGGACAUUCUGCCCGAAUGGGUCUCAUCAUCCCCAGCUCUGCCCAUCCGGCACCUUCUCUGCAGAUUAUAGCCUAGGCAGCGUCUCUGAGUGUAAGGCGUGCCCCACAGGAUACUACUGCCAAGGUCCUGGCAUCACCUCCCCCACAGGGCAGUGCCCAGAAGGGUAUUAUUGCCCGGAAGGACAGAUUCUGGCCCAUAGCCUGCCAUGUCCUCGAGGGCACCGCUGUCCAGGAGGAAGCUCAGAACCUAUCCCGUGCCAGUCUGGAUCCUACCAGGACGAGGAGAGACGGGCUUCGUGCCGCACCUGUGAGGCAGGCAGAUCAAAUCGUACAGAAUAA